UCAACACUGGCUUCCCGCUUUUUAGUGCAACACACGCUCUCUACAACAAUCAUAUAAACAAUAUUGAUUUGCUGUUAAUUUAUAAGACUGCCAAUAAUGACAAAUCGGGACGAACUAAGUGCCUCUGCAAAGCACAAAUCUAUAGAAGCUGCUGCACGUGAAAAGAACCCACUUGAAAAGCUGCCGGUACGAUGCGAUACCUACAAAUCGAACACAUCGGAGGAGUUUAAACUAUAUUGCCGCGCCAAAGGCGAUAUGGAUGCCAAGACCCUUAAAUGGACAUUUAAACUAGCGGAACAGAAUGUCGGCCCCUAUUACAAGCAACUGAAAAUGGGAUGGAAGCCCAAAAUUAAACAGGCGGAGCUCAACAAGAACUGGGCACGUUUCUUGGUUGCACUGAAUCAACAGAAUCAACCGGUGGCUUACACAAUGUUCCGCUUUGAUAUGGACAAUGGAGAUUGCGUGCUCUACUGCUAUGAGAUACAAAUCUCGCCAGAGUAUCGAAGAAAAGGACUUGGAAAAUUUAUGAUGGAAACACUUGAAUUAUGUGCGCGCUUCUGGCAGCUGGAGAAAAUUAUGCUUACCGUCUUAAAUAAUAAUGAAGACUCGUUAAUGUUCUUUAAAACACUUGGCUACGCCACGGAUGAAACUUCUCCAGACGUUUUGGAGGAGGCUGACUAUCAAAUAUUAAGCAAGAGCAUGUUGGGCUAAUUAUUUAUUUCAAUAGUUGAGAUAUAUAAACA